UCCGAGUUUGGUGUUGCUGUUGGUGAGUUUUAGGUGUAUUUAAAACUCAUGCAAAUAACUUUAGUUUCAGAAUCACAGAAAUUAUUCUUAAAUGAGCUCAAACGAGCUACGCGAACUGCAGCUCCGUGUCCUCAGGUAGCUUCUCGUGUUCCUAACAGGUCAUUUAGGGACACCCUGGCACAGAGCCAGGUCGGAAACGGACCUGUUUACCGUACUUUGUGUUGACAGGUGGAACAUUUAGGCUCCGUCUGGAUGCGUGGGAAUAAAACUCCUCCAGAAAAGCGCGCUGGGGCUCUAACGCAGUUAAAAACAUUUAGGUUGAUCGCAUUUUCAGCGUUUUGAGAAAGUCGCUGAGGAAUGACGUCAAGACGUAUAACAUUGAUGACGCUGUUUGAUCAUUAAAAAAAUCAGCCAUUAAAAAUAGCUGAGAUUUAGGUCAGAAAACGGGAGAUUAUCGAGGGCCCCAGAGCGAACGGCGACUACCAGAAACAUGUUGUGAGCAGCUGGGAGGAUCUUGCCCGAUGUUCCCACUCCCAGCAUCCGUCACCGACAGCGGUAGCCGUUAGACCGGUCUGUCUGUCCGCUCCCCCCCGCUGGGUUUAGGUAACCUGCGAACACAACCAACGCAGAGGCUGGAUGGUGAGCCCGGGGAAACAGCAACACCGACGGAUCCGAGCCUGGAGGCGGUCCCGCUGACACCAGGACCGGAUCUCUAGUUCCAUCAAACACGACAGUAAGAAUCCUGCAGAAGAACCGAACUAUGUGAAGGCCCACAGCGCCGCCACAGUUCUUCCACCUUAAAUUUUGUUCUAGAGAAAAUGUCGAGCCGCCGUAAAUCCACCACGCCUUGUAUGGUUCCGGCUUCAGAGGCGGUGCAGCAGGAAGUUGUAGAGGACAACGCCGAGAGGACAGAAGAUGGAGAGGCAGGGGAAGAGGAGACGAAGGUGAAGGAGGGAACUAAGGUAGUGGUGACUCAAGAGGAGCCUGUUGUAGUCGUCCUCGCUCCACCAGAAGCUUGUGCCUCAGCUGGUGAAGACAGCCAAGCCACCAGCUCCAUGCUGAAGUGUACAGCGACAGAUCCACCCGAGGACCCAGGCAGCCAUCAGCCGAACCAGGAAACCCAGAGCGAUCCACUGGAGGAGGGUGGAGCCGAUCCCGCUGCGGCAUCUGCCAUCUCCCUCAGCAAGACUCCCAUCAUGAGGAUGAAGACCAAAUCUGAACCCAAGAGAAUCGCUGUGUCCCUGAAAUCAGCAGACGAGGGUUUAGGAGCAAGCGAGGGUGAGCUGGGUGGAGAGCAGGAGCCCAUCGAAGCUCCACUGGGACCGAUGACGCCUGUUGAGAUGUUGCUGCAUGACUCCAUGAAGUUUGGGGAAGGAGGUUUUGUAGUCGGAGCAGAGCAGCAGAGAAAAUCCUCCAUCCUGAAUCCCACAGCUCUGCCUGCAGGCCUGGCGCAGGUGCUCUCAGCCUUCCAGGCCCAGCAGAGUACAGCAGCGGCUCAGCCUCAGUUACUGAUUCCCCUCAGCAGCAUCCCCUCCUACAGCGCAGCUAUGGACACCAACCCCCUCCUCAGCAGCACGUACAGAAAUUUCCCGUACCCCUCCAUAACAGAGAUCAGCAGCCUGGCAGCUCAGACGCAGUUCACAGAGGAGCAGAUCAAGGUGUGGUUCUCUGCCCAGCGGCUGAAGCACGGAGUCAGCUGGACUCCAGAGGAGGUGGAGGAGGCCAGGAGGAAACAGUUUAAUGGAACUGUGCACACGGUGCCUCAGACCAUCACUGUCAUUCCCGCGCACCAGCUGUCAGCUGCUGCUAACGGGCUGCAGUCCAUCCUGCAGACCUGCCAGAUAGUGGGCCAGCCUGGCCUUGUGUUCACACAGGUCGGUCCCCGGGGAACUCUUCCCGUCACCAGUCCCAUCACCUUGACUGUGGCAGGGUUGCCCAGUCAGUCUCAGAGCUCCAGCAGAGUUUCCUGUCAGCCCACUCCGACAAACAGUGAGCUAAAACGGGCUACCACAGUCCAGCCUCCCUCUCUGUCUCCACAGGAGAGCUCAGCCCUCAGUGCUGACACGUUCAGCAUGCGGCCUAAGAAAUCCAAAGAGCAGCUAGCUGAGUUGAAGGCCAGCUACCUGAAGAACCACUUUGUUACUGAUGGAGAGAUCGCCCGCUUGAUGAAACUCACCAACUUGACGAAGGGUGAGAUCAAAAAGUGGUUCAGCGACACCCGCUACAACCAGCGCAACUCCAAGAACAGCCAUAUGACCGUUUUCCACGACGGAGGAGGCAGAGGCAGCAGCUCCAGCAGUGUCCCCAUCAUCAUUGACUCAAGUGACGAGACCCCCGCCUCUCCCCUUCCUCCGCACGUCUCUCCUGUGAAGGAGAAGGAGCCUCGGGCCAAAACGUGGAACCCGUUCCCAGAUUUCACUCUGCAGAAGUUCAAGGAGAAGACUCCCGAGCAGCUGGUGGUGCUGGAGGAGAGCUUUGAGAAGAGCAACAGUCCAUCGGAUGAGGAACUGAGUCGUCUGAGGACAGAAACCAAACUGACAAGAAGGGAGAUUGAUGCCUGGUUCACCGAGAGGAGGAAAGUUCCAGCUGUCCGCACGUCCUCCCCGGAAUCUUCAGAAGGGGGGAAAAUGGAGACAGAUGGUGUAAAAGCAGGAGAGGGAGAAGACGUUGAAGGAAAAAGCCCAUCUCCUCUAUCAGCCUCCUCCUCUAGAAAGGGUAGUCAAACUCCUCCUAGCGGCCGCACACCGUCCAGCAGCAGCAGGAAAGACAUCAGAGAAAAAAGUAAAAAGUCACCGGAGCAGCUCCACAUCCUGAAAAGUGCCUUUGUGCGGACCCAGUGGCCCACGCCGGAGGAGUACGACCAGCUGGUAGAAGAAACCGGCCUCCCUCGGCAUUACGUCGUCAGCUGGUUCGGGGACUCUCGGUACUCCUGGAAAAACGGAAACCUGAAGUGGUUCUUUCAGUACCAAAGCAGCAGCAUGGAAGGACCAAACGGAGGGGGCGGUAAAACGGGAGGUCGGAAAAGACGUGGUCGGAACCGAGGGUGGGGGUGCUCCAGAACCAAGAAGCAGCCAAAGAGGUUGUCGUCGUCCUCCACCAGCGCUGAUGUCAACAGAUCUGUGCCCUCAAAGAAAUUCAAGACUGGGAGGGAAAUCCUGAAGGAGUACUUCCUGAAACACCACUUUCUCAACGAGCAAGAUCUGGACGAGCUCGUCACCAAGACCAACAAGAGCUACGAACAGGUGAGGGAGUGGUUUGCCGAGGUGCAGCGACGCUUGGACAUGGGGUCAGACCCCUUCCUGGAGCCGGCCGUAGGGAGAACGGACCGGGACAACGCAGGAAAGGAGGAUGAGGAGACGAGAGGAGAGGGGUCAGAGGUCACCGAGGAAAAGACUGGCCAAAGGAGGAGAGAUGAAGAUGAUGAAGAUGAAGAUGAGGAUGAGGAGGAGGAGGAAGAUGAUGAAACAGAUGACAGCGAGGUUUGGGAGCCGUCCCGUAGUGUCAGGAAGAGUUUGUCCGUUUCUGAAGACUAGAGGAGAUGCUGCUCUGGUGCUGGUGCCGAAAACCAGUUAAACCAGUUAGCCAAACUAGGGUUUCUAAUGGGGGGCGGUUCACUGAUUUGCACGAGCUGUUCCUAUCUCUCUUUUCUGCAAACUAAUUUUAAACAAUAACACAGACCAUCAGCUCGAGCUCACCUUAUUCUUACUGUUAGUUUGUUUUAAACACAAGUCAAAGCUUUCUCCUGCUUCAGGAGCAGCUGCUACGCUGUGGAUGGAAUAGUCCCCCUGAUCACUGCACAUCCUUCAUAGACCCUUCCUAAGGACAUUCUCAACCCUUUAUUACAAACAGCAGAUUUAUGUGGUUGAAAACUGUUGCUAAAAUGCUGUUUAAACCUCAGAAAGAAUGAUGAAAAUGAGUCUGGGAGUUUAGUUAAAUCGAAGGUAGAGUAUGGAACACCACAGUGACAUCUAGUGUGUGGAGGUUGUAGUUGCAACAACAGAACAAGGUUUCCAGCCGUUGGCAUACCAGGUUUGCUGCCGACAUGUGAAAUGUUUUAUCUGGGUCCAUCUGUGGUAGGCUUCACCUAAACUCACUCUGGUUUUAGAUCUUUUAUGCUCGCUCCUCUUCUGAGAAGUAUAGCAACACCUUCUGGGCUCAUCUUCCCAAUAUAGCUUUUAAAGGAAAUAAUGCACCUUCAUUCUACACCUCUAAACGUCCCGUGGAGGUGUUAUUAAACAAAAUAUAGCUUUUCACUAAAUUGUUCCAUAUUCAACCUUUAAGUUUGUCACGACUUACCGAUUCUGCUUUUACGAGCUUGUCUCAGUUUGAUGUUCUGUGUUUUAAAACGACCCCGACCCUAAAACUGGGACAUUAAUAAUAUAGAUCAUGCAGCUUGGACAUGCCAUCCUGACCAAUCGCUGCAACCUUUAUGCCUUAGCAUGCUGCCAGACACCAGAUAAUCUCAUUUGUUGUCAGAUGUUACCAUUAAAACAUUCAAGCCAGUUUCUUUUUAUAGGUAUUUGGAUUAGUCAGAGAGAAAAAGUGCAGAUGUCAGGAUUAAAGUUGAAAUGACAAGAAAAUGGUCAAAAAGGCUGUUUCAGGAACUGAAAUGAAGCCCGUCCUGCACCUGGACCAGACUUUAUUUCUUCUGUAUUUAUUAUUAUUGGAACUGAAGGUUCAAGGUGUGUUUUUACUGAUUACACUAUAAAAACUGGAAAUCAGAGGUGGUAGACUCAAAUAUUCAUGCACACAUAAAACAUUGGGAGCGUUAUUUUUCUGUAUCAAAAUUCCUAAAGCAGCUAUGUCAGCAGAGACGUUAUUUACAGGCUGUUUCACUGAACUGAAAGAAUUUCAUAUUUAUUAAAACUUUCUGUAAUAGAAUCACCAGUUCAUGUGUCCAAGGCAUUGUGGGUAAAUUAAGUCCUUCUCCAGUGCUGUUUUACUGUUUGAUUCCAUUUUUAAACCUCACGAUUCCAACUUUACCCUUGAAGUACAAGUUUAGUCUUUUUUCUCUACAUUUAGGUUUUAUUCUCAUCCCCUCCAUUAAAGUCACCAGCCUACAGAUCCCUUUGGUAAAAUGUUGUAUCCCAGGAUUUCUCUUUUAAAGAAAAAAUGAAUAAAAACUCUGCAACUUUAAUCACAACCUUUGAGAAAAGCUGCAGUAAAAUCAGAGAUUUACGUAAAAACCUUGAAGGGACUGAUUAAAAGGCCCCGUUGGUAUGUUGGGUUGGUUUGUCCCAAACGAGCUAAACCCUGUUAGCCUGGAUUGUGCUGUUCUUUUGAACUUGAUGAAAUCCUAACCUGUGUUUUUUUUCUAUUUUAUUCCUGAUCUUUACUUUACUUAUUUAUCUUGGCUUGGUGUUUGUUUGUGUGACGUGUCAAACACAAGUCACACAUUCAUCUAUGCUUUAAAUGAGCGUUUCUCGCCUACUGAAAUGAAUCAGUGGAGGAUUUAAUUCACAGAGAUGCUGAUUCAGAAAACUCGCUUAUAUGAAUGUGACACGGGCGGUCCUGAGUAAUCGGAUAAAGGACUUGAUGAAAAGGUGCUAGAAGACUCAUCACAGAUAAGAGUUACCUAGGUAGGAUUAAACUAGCCAAACACUGAAUGAAUGGCAACACUGAUGCUCUUAAAACAAAGCAGGAUGUUUCCCUUUAAUCUACCUUAUUAUUCUCAUAAUACUGUUGAUUUUUAACUGCUAACCUGUCGGCAAAGAUGCAGCGGAAUGUUAAACACUAACUGCUGUUGACAUUUUGAUGUUUUAAAGGAGAUUGAAACAGUGCGACCCUUGUGCUAAAGCAGAAAGGUUUGCCUCCCAGUAAGUUAGCUGUUUUUAGGCCCAGUUCACAUGCAAAAAUAGUUGGAUGAUUUUCAACGCAUGAGAAAUCACACACAUGGCGAUGAGUAAAUCACAGGUAUAAAAGAUUUGGUCCUACAGUGUGUGGUGAGCAGCAAAAACUACAGUUUGGAUUUUGGAGUAAACAAACAUGGAGAAGGAGCGUGCACCCGCACUUCCGUCACCUCGGUUUCUGAUUGGCUACAGGUCACAUUAGACAGGCAACAUGUUUGUUUGUCCUCUGAAAUCUUACCAAGACAAUUCAACAGCUUGGAAGCCCUGAUUUAUGAUUGGAGACGUCCGACGUGCUUCAGAGCAGACCUGACAGUGGCGUGUCCAAGGGGUGGCCAGGGAAGGCCAUGGCCCAGGGGGCCUCAGAUUGUUGAAAGGGGACAAUCUGGUCAGCCUAAUGAUGCUUUCAUGUAAACCGAGCCUAAAUUAGAUGAUAUUCACAACCAAGAGGAUCUCUGGAUUGAAUUGUAUCUGAAUGUUUUUGCAGCUGUAAUCCUUCGGUGGUGGAUCAGUGAUUCUCUUUCCAUGAAUGCAGUCAGAUCAAAAUCCCCAUCAUUUCUGUCCUGGCACAUAAUGUAUAAAAACAGUAUUGUAGACUUUUUUUCUGAACCCCUUUCUGCACCAAAACUAAAUAAUCAAAGCACCUAAACUAAACGUAAAAGACAAAAAAUGCACCUUUUCCACUUGAGUUUGUAGUGGAAUAAAUCCAGAUUAGGCACCUUAGUCUCUCAUUUUACCAUGAAAUGGCUCUGAGGGACCAAACUUGUUUUGUAUGACUACAGACAAACCCGAAUUUUGCCUUUUUCUAUUCUUGGUGUUUUCACAAGGACGAUUAUUAUCCGUGUAUGAGUUUUUCUAAUGAUAUGUGCUUUCAUGGAAGCUUUUACAGCUAAAUAGAGAACAAUCAUACACCUAUUUCUUGCACCACAAUGCACAAUACGAGCCCUAAUAUUACCACUUUGUCUAUUAGAAACAGCUUAAAUGCUGUAUUUAAUGUUUUAUUGCUUCAAAUGAUGGGAGCUGUCCUUUCUUUUGUUCUUUCCCCCAUCUGAGUCCUGAUGCCUCUUCUCUGUCCCUCUUGUGUCAGAUGAAUGGCUACAAUUGUGAUACGCACCUUCUUGGAACAUUUCUGUAAAUGUUGGCAGCAUCUUGUUGGUUUCUUGUCUAGCGAGAUUUAUUUACAAACCGUGUGAACUUAGUGGAUCACGGAUACAAGUACACCCCUCACAUGUCUUUUCAUAAGACAACACUAAAGAUGGGACACUUUGAUGACAUGGGAAGUAUCUAGUGUCUAGUUUGGAUAACAGUUUAAAGUUGGUGUCCUCUCACAUGACUCAAUACAGUUAUUAAUGUAUAAAGUGAUCGAAACAAAAGAGAGUACUUGCUUAAAGUGGCAGUGUGUAGUUUCUUAACGCUAGGGGGCAGUACAUACAUACAUUUCAGGGUAGUUUUACACCAUAUCGCCGUGACUGUCGCUAGUUUAAAAACCCGUGGAGCAAAAAGCUGCAACCUCAGAGUGACUCCUCAGACUUUGAUAGUCCUUCAGUUAAUUCCAUUGAAAGAAUGCAAUGCUGAUGCUAGUUUUCUAGUGCUGUACUUUCCGGAUCUGCUCGGAGUCCUGUGCCUGUUGAUGACAUCAUCAAACUACGGCAAUACCACUCGGCCAAAAUAUGUAAUCUCUUUUUCGAUUCUGUUCUUUCACAUGUGUUUUGGAAAGAGUUCAGCAGCUUUGUUACUAAAUUCCUGUUUAUUAGUACCUAAAUGUUUUUGAACGUGGUAACGGAACUUCCGUAAGUCGAAUAUCCAUCCAAUCAUCUAGUGUGAUGUCAUCCCUGAGCCGACCAGAAGGAAACAUGGCUUCUAAUAUAGCAUCUCCCAAAGAUGCUAUGCCCUAUGUACUUUAGACCGGAUUUUUCUGGUCAUAUGUUUUGAAGCCACCAAUAUUUUCAAUGACUGGAUAUCAUUUUAUUCAUUUUCAACAAUAUUUCAAUGGAUAUUUCCAGAGAUUAGUGGUAAAAAUAUACAUUGUCUCUUUGAUGUAUAAAGUGCUCACAACAAAAGAGAGUACUCACUCAACAGAAGUUUCCAAUUUGUGCCCAAUUGUCCAUUUUCUCCAUGUGACCAUGGUCACAUCUGAGCGAGAGAGAGGGAGAGUGCUGAGAAAUGAGUUAUUUACACUGUUAUAAACGACAUACACCAGCUACUUCAGAUUGAAUCAAAGAGUCAUAUUUUCAAUGUUGUCCCAUGGAAAGAGAGUGGUAGCUAUACUUAUGAAAGAUACUGAAACACAUUCAAAGUUACAAAAAUGAGAGGCUGUCUCCUAGAAAGGACAUUAACAAUUAGGAAACAGCACAGCAUUCCCUCUUGAGGUGGGAAGUCUUCCAGACAUCAUUGUUUGUGGGUUCUUUCACUUUACUGCAGAAGAACAAUGGGGCGAUAGACUGGGACUGUCUUAGCUGCUGUUCUUCAGCGAUCAGAGGAAGACUCUGAUGAAGCUUUGCUGGUACACCGAUGUGCCUAAGUGGCUUGAACUUGUUUGAACAUAAGAUCAUCAACUCUCACUUGUGGAAAUCCAAAAUCUUCCCGAAGAAGACUCGUUCAAACUGAAAAGUGACCAAACUCUGCUUUCUGCUGACAACAAAGGAUGCCUAAAAACAAACUGUGGAACCUUCAUUUUGUAAGACCUUCGGUGGAUGCAGUUCUAUUUUAUCACCCAAACAACAUUUAAAUCCUUGAAACAGACUUUGAUCGUUGGCUGUAUUUUAGUUAACUUUUAGGAACUGAAAGAGAUGUCAAAAUCUUUGUGUAUUUUGGUUGUAAAGUGACAUGUGUCUGUUCAUGAGACAACUUUAAAAUAUUGACGUGUACUGCAUGCAAUAAACAGGACAGACCGCUUAUUUUGUACAUACAAUGUGAGAGGUUGGUGUAUUUGGGACAGUCUGAUCUGACUAAACAGCUUUUCAUUACCAAGUUGACUGGAGCUAUAAAUGUGUUUUUUAUGUUUAUGCCUCCAGUUUAUGAAGUCCAACUCCUGUUAUAGAAAUGGUAAAUUACCAAUCCCAGCCUGUAGCUAAAUAAGGAGGGAUAAUGCAUACUCAUCACCAAGCCUCAUCCUUAAACAUCCAGAUGUUGUGAACCUUUCAGAACCAUUUAUUCUUGAUGUGUGGUUUAGUCCAUCAGACCUCAUUGUGUGAUAUUUCUUUACAUUAAAAUCAGUUCUGAAUGGUUUUAUAGUUUAUGUACAACUGUGUCAUCACAUUAUCUGUGUACAAUAGAGUUGUGCUUAAAUUAAACUUACUUUCAGAAUUCA